AUGCCAAAGCGGACAUCUUGUUUAUGGCAAGGAGCCCUUCAAGAAGUGAUGCCACAUUUGAUGAAAAUCCAUAAGAGCAUUACGACUUUACAAGGCGAGGACACUGUCUUUUUGGCUACCGACAUCAAUUUACCGGGUGCAGUUGAUUGGGUCAUGAUGCAGAGCUGUUUUGGAUAUCACUUUAUGCUAGUACUCGAGAAGCAGGAAAAGUUCGAGCAAUCGCAGCAAAUUUUCUACGCCGUUGUUCAACUGAUUGGAGCCAAAAAAGAAGCAGGAAACUUUAUGUGCAGAAACUCCAGUAUGACAUUGAAUUUCGCUGAAACUUCUCCGAAACGCAUUCACAUUUUAGGGAUAUGUGGCCGCUUGACUGGAUCGAUUGCAAUCAUUGCAAAAGCCUUAGGUCAUACGGUGACUGGUUGUGAUUGGAGAGCGAUCCCGCCAGUCUCCACUCUCCUUCAAAAGCACUCGAUUGAUAUUAUCGAGGGUUAUCACGUUGAACAAAUCAAAGAAACGAAACCGGAUUUGGUGAUUAUUGGAAAUAAUCAUAAAAGAGGCGAUGAGAUUGUUGAGUACAUAUUGAGGAAUCGAAUUUCAUACAUAUCAGCCGCGCAUUUUAUUGGAGAAUACUUUCUUCGUGAUCGUUGGGUUUUGGCUGUGUCGGGGACAAACGGGAAAACGACAACUACGGGAAUGUUGGCAUGGAUCCUUCGAUAUGCCGGUUUUGAACCAUCAUUUAUCGUUGGUGGCUUAAACGAGAGCCUCGGCGAGUUCUGCCACUUCAAUCCUAAGUCGAAAUUUUUUGUCAUUGAGGCUGACGAAUACAAGACAGCGUUUUUCGAUGCAGGCCCAAAAUUUUGGCACUACCAUCCAAAAACGGUGAUCAUGAACAAUUUGGAGAUGGAUCACGCGAGUGUUUACUCGAAUUUGAACGCUCUCGAAAGCGCUUUUCACACGCUUACCCAAUUUGUCCCGAAUGACGGUCUAUUGGUUUACCCAGAAAGUUCGGCAAGUUUGCAACGAGUGAUGGAGAGAGGAGUGCACACACCAAAAGAGACAUUUGGUGAUGGAGGAAAAUGGACAGCUCGACUUUUGAAAGAAGAUGGAUCGCUUUUUGAAAUAUUGCUGAAUGGCGAAGCGCUCGGUGUGGUCGAUUGGAAGAAUUUCGGGGAGCAUCAAGUUCUAAACGCGCUGGCCGCCACUGCAGCCGCUCAUCACGCUGGCGUUAAUCCAUCAAUAGCAGCCGAAGCUUUGUCACACUUCAUUGGCUCAAAGGAUCGCUUGACAAAGCUCGGUUCUACAAAUAGCGGUGUAUCGGUUUGGAUGGAUUACGCCUACCAUCCGGCCGCCAUACACGCUACACUGAAAGCGCUUCGAUCUCGGCUCGGCUCGCAAUCGCGCAUCGUCGCCGGAAUUCCCGCUCACAAUCAGUUAAAAUGGGAUUCCUACUACCGUGACGGGCUAAUCCAAGCGAUUUCCCCUCUCGAUCACGCAAUCAUUUUCGCUCAACCAAAAACGCAAAAAUUUGCAGCAUUCGAGGGAAGAAUUGAAGAAAUUCCCGAGAAUACGCAGAUCUCUGUUCAAACAAGUCGAGACUAUGACGAGUAUCGAGAUUUGCUCUCGAAACAAGCACUCCCCGACACAAAUAUCGUUCUCUUUUGGACGUAUACUUCUGGUCGAGAGUUCGCCGAGAAAUUCCUCUCGAAUCUCAAGGCAAACGAUGUC